UGUGAGCCGUCACUUCUCCGAUAUCUGAUGAUACUGCAAAAGAAAUGGAAACAACUGUGAUACACUUCAUCCUUCUUGCAGUCAUCUCAGGUUUAACCAAAGGAGUUGGUGUGCUGCCUGAUGUUCUAAAUAGAGCUGUGGGAGAGACGGUGAUGUUCAACACAACACUGACUCCAUCAGAGAAACCAUUUCUAACACUGGGCUGGUCAUUUAAUGGAAAAUCUAUAAUCACUUUCAGUGGUGUAAAUACAACUGCACCAGAGUAUGAAGACAGGAUCACCCUCUUCAUGUCUACUGGAUCUCUGGAGCUCAGAAAUGUGGCUCUGAAUGACAGUGGGGUAUACAGAGUUAGCAUUUUUCCAUUUGGAGAGCCACAGAAGACAGGUGAAACCAGACUGAACGUAUAUGUGCCAGUUUCCAAUGUAAAAGCAACAGCCAGCAGCACAGACUUGGUGGAGUUCAACAGCUCGAUCUGUCUGUCCUGCUCCUCCUCUGGAUCCUCUCUGUCUUUCCUCUGGCUGAACGGCAGCUCUGAGGUUACAGCCAGCGACAGAGUCCAACUCACUGAUGGAGGCGCUACUCUCACUAUAGCUAACAUGACCCGCUGUGACCAGGGACCAUUCAGAUGUCAAGUAUCCAAUCCUGUCAGUAAUGACACCAGUGAUCCAGUAAACCUCUACAUCAGCUACGGCCCAGACAACAUUAACUUGACAAUAUCUCCAUCACAAGAAUACUAUACAGAAGGGUCAGCCAUCAUCCUGAAGUGCUCAGCUGUCUCUAGACCUCCUGCCCUGUUUCACUGGUUUCUGAAUGAAGUCCUGCUGUCUGAUACUGGAAGUUAUCUCAUACUGAUGGACAUUCAGGAGAGUCAGAGUGGCAGCUACAGCUGUCAGGCCUUUAACAGCAAAACUCUGAGAUAUGAAUCAGCUCCACCUGCAGCUGUAACUGUGCUGGUACCAGUGUCCAAUGUAAUAGCAACAGCCAGCAGCACAGACUUGGUGGAGUUCAACAGCUCUGUCCAUCUGUCCUGCUCCGCCUCUGGAUCCUUCCUCUCUUUCUUCUGGCUGAACGGCAGCUCUGAGGUUACAGAAAGUGACAGAGUUCAGCUCACUGAUGGAGGCGCCACUCUCACUAUAUUUAACGUGACCCGCUACGACCAGGGACCAUUCAGGUGUCGUGUGUCCAAUCCUUUAAGCGCUGGCAUCAGUAAUCCAGUAAACCUCUUCAUCAGCUAUGGACCAGAAAAAGUUCAAAUCACAGGUCCAAGUGAGAUACAUCUGACAGAGACCUUCACUUUAACCUGCUCUGCUGAGUCCAGACCAUCUGCCACUUACACCUGGAUACUGAAUGGGACAGAGAUACACAAUUCUGCUGUGUUCACCAAAGACAAUACUAAAUCCUCAGACAGUGGCACCUACACCUGUGAAGCUAUGAAUAAAGUGUCCAGGAGAAAGUUGUCUGCAGAUCAUGAAUUGUCUGUAAAAGAAGGGAUGUCUGGAGGUCUUUCACCUGGCGCCAUCGCUGGAAUAGUUAUCUCAGUUUUAGUGGUUGUUUCUGCAGCAGUUGUUGGAGGAUACUUUAUUUAUAAAAAUAAAAUAAAAAACAAAGCUCCACCACCUUCUGAUGAUCAAGUAAUCCACCAUGAACUACAUGUUUCUCACAACAGCCAUACUUGUAUUCCUCUCCUCAGUCUUUGCUAUGGAGCCGGAGUGCUCCCCGUCGAUCUACUUAGUGGAGUAAAAGGAGAGAGUGUGACCUUCACAACAACCGUGAAACCAACAGCGCAACCAUUUCUGGCAUUGACCUGGAGCUUCAAUGGUACCACCAAUAUAAUAACAUCAACCAGUGCAGAUGUAGUGGGAGCAGGCUAUGAGAACAGGAUCACCCUGGAUAAAUCUACUGGAUCUCUGGUGCUUAGAAACCUGACUGAAAAAGACAGCGGAGAAUACGAGUUAAUCAUCAUCCCGUAUGGAGCCGGACAGAUUCAAGGAACUGCUAAGUUGGAGGUGCUGAAGAGAAGGUACACACCAGUCUCCAAUGUGGUUGUAACUCCCAGCAGCACAGACUUGGUGGAGCUCAGCAGCUCUGUCCGUUUGUCCUGCUCCUCCUCUGGAUCCUCUCCCUCUUUCCUCUGGCUGAACGGCAGCUCUGAGGUUACAGCCAGUGACAGAGUUCAGCUCACUGAUGGAGGUGCCACUCUUACCAUUGUCAGUGUGACCCGCUAUGACCAGGGACCAUUCAGGUGUCAAGUGUCCAAUCCUGUCAGUAAUGGCACCAGUGAUCCAGUAAACCUCUCCAUCAGCUCACCAAUAUCCAAUGUAACGGUAAAUGCCAGCACGACAGAAAUUUUGGAGUCCAGCAGCAGCUCUGUCAGCCUGUCCUGUUCAGCUUCUGGUUCCUCUCCCUCUUUCCUCUGGCUGAACGGCAGCUCUGAGGUUACAGCCAGCGUCAGAGUUCAGCUCACUGAUGGAGGCUCCACUCUCACUAUAGUUAACAUGACCCGCUAUGACCAUGGACCAUUCAGGUGUCAUGUGUUCAAUCAUUUCAGUAACAGCACCAGCGAUCCAGUAAACCUCCUCAUCAUCUACGGCCCAGAAAAUAUCAAUCUGACAAUAUCUCCAUUGCAAGAAUUCUAUGACGAAGGCACAGACAUCACUUUGAUGUGCUCAGCUGACUCCGGACCCCCUGCCUUGAUUCACUGGUUUCUAAAUGGAGACCUGCUGUCUGAUACUGGACCAGAGCUCAGACUGGUGAACAUUCAGAAGAGUCAGAGUGGGAACUACAGCUGUCAGGCCUUUAACAACAGAACUAGGCCUAUGAGAAAUCAAACAUCGCAGACUGCAGCCAUCUCUGUACUAAAAUCACUAAUAACUGGAGCCACCAUCCGCAGCCCUGCAGCCAUCUUGAUAGAAGACAGAAGCUCCACCAACCUGAGCUGCGAGGCCUCCGGUUCCAUCAGCACCAGAGUGUGGACGAAGGAUGGCCGGCCGCUUUAUCCGAAUGACAGAGUCAGCUUCUCCAUGGACAACAGGACGGUCUUCAUGCAGCCUGUUCACAGCUCCAACCACGGCACCUACCAGUGUCGACUCAGCAACCCAGUCAGCACCAUGACCGCGACCCACGAUCUCACUGUCAACUUUGGACCACAUAACAUAUCAAUUACUGGACCAUCAGCAGCAGCACCCGGCCGCAGAGUCACCCUACAGUGCACAGCAGACUCUGUCCCUCCAGCAAACUUCAGCUGGACGUUCAACAGCAAUGAGACACAUGUUAACACCUCCAUGUUUGUCAUAGAGAGGCUGGGGACAGAGAGCAUUGGCAAUUACACCUGCACUGCCAGAAACAUGGUGACCAUGCUGGAAAACUCCACAGUUCUGAAUCUGAGAGCAUCCUGCACUGCUCCCUGCUGGUCGUUUUCACUGCUGCUGCUCAGUGCGCUGACUCUGAGAGGGUUACUGUGAGAGGAAGAGGCAGAGACUUUGGUGCUCAAGCUCAAAGAGGAAACUCUCACCCUGGAAAAAAGAUUUCUCUCUCAUGUUAAUUAAAUACUCUUUUGGAGAUGUAUGAGUGCAAAUAAACACCUGUGUGUUCACAUGUGGUUUCACAAAUAAUAGUAACAUAAAUGCUUUUUACAUAGUCAUUUAUACUGCAGAAAUAUUCACCUGUUUUAUAUAAAAACACACAGAGGGUUACAGUUAAUGAAACUUUUGUUAUGGAAGAAAAUGAACACUUUUUUUACAGGCAGCAAACAUAUUUUUAGAAAUACUUUGUGACCUUUUUUAAUAUAUACAGAAGCUGUUGUGUGAAAUUCCCCUUUCUGGGUGACAAAAGGUUCAGCAGUUUUGCUUCACAGUUACAAACCUCGUGAUCCUAACCCUGACCCAGUUUUAUUACAGCCCCAGUCACUGCGUAUGACACGCUGAAGAGUUUCCACAGACCACACCUCUCCUGAUUCAUCAAACAAUCAGACUGAAUGAGCAACUCUUGAUGGAGUUUGAUAUAAUUACAUCAGGGUUUGUGUAUUUAAAAUUAUGUGGGUGAUAAUAUAUAAGCAUGAUUGUUCCAUGUCAUUCAGUUUUUUCCUGGUAUGUCUAACUGUACAUAGUGCAACUUGUAUUAUUCAAAAUUAUCUGUGAAUAAAAAUAUUAAAUUUGCAGGUACUGUGAUAAUGUGGCUGAAAAAUGGCGGGAUAGAUUUACAAGAUGCGACAAAUGUUUAGUCUAGUUUGUGCCAAAAUAUCAUUCAUGUUUACAGCAUGGAAUAAAUUUACUGCCUUUUAAUUGAGAAAA